AGCAGUAAAGUGAUCGUUGGCAACGCAGGGGAGGUGCAGCAUGAUAUGGCAAGAGGCCGCCGAGUUGCCAGCUCAUUCUGACGCAGGACAGUGUCGUAGUCUGAUUGUCUUUCCUAGUGCAAUUUGCAAGAAACUUCCUUCUCGAAAUGUCUUUGUCAACAGCUGUUCUGAAGACGGUGCAGGGAAAGGGCUGCACCGUCUCAAAAGCCGCCAGUGCAUGUAUAUCAGCCUGUCACAAGCACACGCUGACGGGAGGUGAGGGGAAGAUGACUCUUGAACAAGCUCAGCAGCAGCCAUGCCAAAAAAUGCAUCAGGUGGUGGGCUCUCAGGUGGCUGCUACAGCGUACAUUCCCUUGCCACCCAAUGUAGAGGAACUGCAAGCUUCAGAGAAG